AUGAAUCUCCUGGGAGAUUUCAUUCACAUCGUGUCUAACUGGUCGUUCGUCGCCGUGAGAAGUCCUUCUAUGGUGGUGAAACACGGCCACAAAGAGCGUUUCCUCCGAUUUCCAAAUCGAUUUCCGGAUGAACAUGGAGCACGUUUUUGUCUUGAGCACAUCUCUCGCCAGUUCGACGUCCUUCUCCAGUUUGACCGAAAGUCUGCAUCCCUGAUCUCUGAUUGCUCCUCCGCUUUUCACCUCAUUCGACUUGUACUGAAAAUUCUUUUCACAGGCUAAAGUUGCCAGAGUAACUCUCUGGUGUUUGCGUGCACUAGUAGUGAAUGACCGUUCACGCUUCUACGGUGGAUUUCGAUCAAAAGAAAAGAGGGAAACCUACAUUUCAGGCGUCGAGGGAGUCGGAUCACAAAGACGAUGACGAGAAGACGAAGUCGCAUGGCUACGAUGGCGACGGCGAUGACGAUGACGAGAAGACGGAGCGCGGCAACGAGGGUGAUCUGGAAACCUCUUCUCUACGGUAAACCCACAGAAAAUAAUUUUAUUGUACUAUCAAAAACGAAAGAAAACCAAUUUUCUACGUAUAAAAGUGGUCUUCUGCUUAAUUGUUCGAGAGACGAAAAAUUUUGCGAAAGUUUAUUGAAAGGAACGGACAAAAUGCUCAUAUAAAUACACAAAAACAGUUCUAUUGUCGCUGUUCUAUUCUGCCCAGUUCUAUUAUGUCGCAGUUCUAUUAUGUCACGGUUCUAUUCUGCCCAGUUCUAUUAUGUCGCGGUUCUAUUAUGUCGCAGUUCUAUUCUGCCCAGUUCUAUUAUGUUGGACCGCCCAAUGUUCCUGUUCCAUGCUUCUAGUACGACACUCCGAAAUAACGCCGCGGCUGCGCUUCAAACCCUCAAAAGAUAUCUCGAAUGGCUCCCAAAAAAGCAAUUCGUAUUCACAAUCCGGCUCCAUUUUUUAUCACCAUUCGAAUAUACGUGUUAGUACACUCGACUCGCAUAUAUUUAAAGCGCCCAUUUCUCAAUUUCCGUCUGUUUUCUUUCCCGUACGGGCGUCUUGCGUUUUGUAGUUGUUUCCAUGCGUUGACAUGCUCGUGACAGGCCAUCUCAUUGUUUCGAAACGCAUUCCAAAUCAGUCUUUCGGCAUUUAGGCCCGCUUUUUUCUUCUCCGUCAGCUUAUGCAGAAUUUCAUAAUGUUCUUUUUUGCAAAAUAGAUAUCGCUGGAAUGUCUCGCUGGAAUGUCCCAGUUUUGUGAAAUAUCAACACAAUAUUACUCGUUCUUCUAUUACUAUCUCUCGAUAGCUAUACGUAUGUAAUUGUGUGUAUAAAAAGCCCGAAAAGUGCUGGGAGCCGAACCGGUUUCUCUUUUUCUCUCACUCUUUUCGCUCUCUGUACACACAUUGAACAUUUCCACCAUAAUAUAGACACGCACACAGCUGGCCGUCUCUUCUCGCUCUUUCUUUUUUACUCUAUUUCUCUGCGAACAAAAAGAAACGUUGAAAAGAAAAAAACGAGAGAAACGAGAAUAAUUCCAGCACUGAUUUCUCGCCUCGAUUUCUUUCUCACUUCCUCAUCGCGUCUUUCUGCGUUUCCCAAUUGAUCUCUUUGAAUUUUUCAGCGAUAUGGAUCGAAUACAGGAGAACAAGACGAAGGCGGCAAAUCUGUGUGAGCUGUACGCCGACGAGAACGAAGACGAGAAGGAGGAGGCGAAGCAGCAGCAUAAGGGGCUCGACGCCGGUUUCCUGCUCCGGAGCACUCCUGCGGACGUGGAGAAGUAUCUGAAGCAUAUCAACAAGCUUCUGUUGGAAGGAGAGGGAGAAUGCCUCAUCGAGAUCGGACUGCCAAUCUCUUCCAACUCGAAGAAUCCACGUGUCGGUCUGAGCGAGAGUGAUUUGGAUAAAGCAAUCGAGGCCCAUAACAAGAUUCUUGAGAAGAUUCCGGCUAUCGGAACGAAGAUCGAGCGACGGAAGCAGACGGGCAGCGAACUGUACUCCGAAGUGUGGCUGGUGCGUGAUCCGCCGGCCGAGAAGGACUUCAUCGAGGCGCGCGUGGCCGUCGUCGGAAACGUGGACGCCGGAAAGUCGACGUUGCUCGGAGUGCUCACUCAUUCGGCGCUGGACGACGGAAGAGGAGCCGCGCGUACGAAGCUGUUCCGCCACAAACACGAGUUCGAAUCGGGCAGAACUUCGUCGGUCGGAAACGACAUUCUCGGAUUCGACGUGCACGGAAACGUCGUCAAUAAGCCGGAUCCACAUAAUCACAAUCUGGAUUGGGUGCAAAUCGGGCAGGAUUGCAGCAAAUUGGUCACAUUCAUCGACUUGGCAGGUCAUGAAAAGUAUCUGAAAACGACAAUCUUCGGAAUGACGGGUCAUAUGCCGGACUACACGAUGCUGAUGAUCGGAUCCAAUAUGGGCAUCAUCGGAACGACGAAAGAGCACCUUUCGCUGGCUCUUUCCCUCCAAGUUCCCGUUUAUCUCGUUGUCACCAAAAUCGAUAUGUGCCCGCCACAGAUUCUCGAGGAGACCAUGAAAAAUAUCACUCGUCUCGUAAAAAGUGCUCGCAAACUUCCGAUCGUCAUCAAAAACAUGAGCGACGUCGUCGACGCGGCUUUCAACUUUCCGAGCAAAAAGUGAGAGAUCUCCAGUCAAUUUCGGAUAUUGUAAAUCCUUUUUCUGCAGAAUAUGUCCAAUCUUUAAAGUUUCCAACGUGGAGGGAACCAAUCUGCCACUUCUCCGCCAGUUUCUGAAUAUCGUGCCGCUUCGACGAGAGCUCAACGAACACGAUCCGGCUCAUUUCCAAGUUAGCACAGAAAAAACGGCGCCGUCUUCAUGAAAUCAUUCAGAUUGACGAUAUUUACUGGGUGGACGGAGUGGGCACUAUUGCCAGUGGAACCCUGCUCUCUGGAACCAUCCAUCUCAACGACACUCUGCUGCUCGGACCCACUUCCAACGGAGACUUCACUCCGAUUCCAAUCAAGUCUAUCCAUCGCAAACGGAUGCCCGUCGGUCUCGUCAAGUGUGGACAGUCUGCUUCAUUCGCAUUAAAGUGAGCCGAUUUCACCAUACUGUUAGAAAUAUAAUAUCUGUUUUACAGAAAAAUUGCAAAAAAAGAGGUUCGCAAAGGAAUGGUUUUGGUGGAUCCGAAGGUGAAGCCGGUGGCGAGCAUGCUGUUCGAAGCGGAGAUCCUCGUUCUUCAUCACCCGACGACAAUCAAGCCCAACUACCAGGCGAUGCUCCACAUUGGCUCAGUUCGCCAGACGGCCACGCUCGUCUCGAUGGGCAAGGUGCGUGAAAUCGAAGGAUCUUCUUUCGACUGACAUUCUUGCAGGAAGUGCUGCGGACUGGAGACCGCGAUAAGGUGCAGUUCAAGUUCAUCCGGCAGCCGGAAUACAUCCGCGCGGGCACCAAAAUGGUCUUCCGUGAGGGACGCACGAAAGCCGUCGGAACUGUGCUCUCCGUCGUUCCACAGGAAUCGCUGGCUCAGCAGAGAGCCAAACAAAAAGAAGGAAGACACAAGAACUGUGAGUUUUCAGAAAAAAAUAAUACAAACAACAGGACACUCUGAAUUUUCAGUCGGAAAGAAAAGCGGUCCAAAGCCACCGAACGGAAAACCGAAGGUGGAGAAACAGCUGGAAGCCCUCUCAAUCGAUCAAAUCGUCGCCUCCUCGUAA